AGAAAGGUCUCUCUGGUCCUGUGCAUUUUAUAACUUGGGAAACCGAUACUUUUUCAUGGAUUUACGCAUACACACGUAUGAACGUCAUGAGCGCGCAUGCUUCCAAAGCACCGUUCUUCUGGAGAGCAAAUCUGAUACCCCCAUAAGCUACGUAUAAUGUGUAGCAAAUGGGCGCAACAUAUUUUUCUGAAUCCGGUUCCGGCGUGCCGACGACACCGAUGCCCGUGCCCACAGACUGAUCACAGGGCUUUUACCCGAACAGCACUGAAUGGUAGCAGCUGAAAGAGGGGUGCGGAGCGAGGGUUGCCAAACCCGGAGGAUUUCUCACGGCUCACGGACUAGAAUGCUCUUUUGUAUGUAUCAUUAUAAACGGAUGACACCCUCCAAACAAACCUAUACUGAAAACUUUCAGCUCUACAUUUGAUGCGGGGGUGUUAUUGAGGUAUUUUGACCAGGUCCAAGAACAGAUAUCAAUGCAGGUGCAAACUGUGGGCUAACGUUACUGAAAUGACUUGCAUGGGGCUGACGCGUUUUAUUGUGCCAUGCCAGCCCUGUACUGUCAGACGCUAUUUUACUCUGCGUUAUCCCGGUGUCUGGAAUUCCAACAUACUAGGCCUGUUGUAUAAUUAGAAGUUCGCAAGGCAGUAGCAAACAAGCUGGUGCAAUGGGAAGCUACGCUGUCCAAUACAUUGUGCGCAAUUUGUUCUGAAGCUUAUGGGUCCUGUGUACUCAAGCUCCCGGCUUCCACUUGGAGAGGUGUGCUGCGGGGUUACAGCGCACUGGCUGUCGGCUUCACAUCUGGCCCGCCUGGCUACUGUCAUCUGCGGCCUGUUAGGACUGUGUACUCCCUGAACUUGUAUGCUUAAGGGGAACUGACUGUGAUUGCCUCGCGUGGUGUCGUGUUAGCGAUUAUUGGUGAUCUACAGGAACACCCUAGAUUAAACCUGGACUGGCUCACUACUCAAGAAAAAAAGCCUAUCUUGCUAUGGAUUUUGCGUAGUGAAGUCACGCAUUUUUAAAGGCACCGCUAGGGUGACAUUGCAGUCUUCUCAGCACAUUAGAUAUUUCGUCGUCCGACAAAAAAAGAGUGAAAGUGGAGUAUUGUCCGUCAUACGUAUCAACGCAGUGGGAUUUCUACGUCUGGUCGGCGUCUCCCCCCACCCUUCCCGCGGUGACGGUUAUGGGUCGGAAGCGGUGUGUCGGUGCAGAUUGUUCCAAGAUGGCGGCCGGGUGCUGCGGGGUGAAGAAGCAGAAACUGUCAUGAUCACCAAAGGGACCCGGGGGUAACUUUAGCGGCAGCAGUAGUAGUAGUGGUAGCAGCGGCACGAACGCUCUGUCCCCAGCCCCGGCCGGUUACACUUCAUCCGGCCUCUCCCCAAAUCUCAGCCCGGGACCUGGUUCGGGGAGUGGAGGCAGAAAAAUGGUCGUCUCAGCGGAGAUGUGCUGCUUCUGCUUUGACGUGCUUUAUUGCCAUCUGUACGGAUACCAACCUCCGAGAACACCCAGGUUUACAAAUGAUCCCUACCCGCUGUUUGUCACAUGGAAAAUAGGCAGAGACAAGCGGUUGCGGGGUUGUAUAGGUACAUUUUCUGCCAUGAAUCUGCACUCAGGACUCAGGGAGUACACCCUUACCAGUGCCCUUAAAGACAGCCGCUUCCCCCCUAUGACAAGGGAUGAGCUGCCUCGCCUCUUCUGCUCAGUGUCUCUUCUCACCAACUUUGAAGACGUCGGUGAUUAUCUUGACUGGGAGGUGGGUGUUCACGGUAUUAGGAUAGAGUUUUUCAAUGAAAAAGGAUCAAAGCGCACCGCCACCUACCUACCAGAGGUCGCAAAGGAGCAAGGUUGGGACCACAUCCAAACCAUAGAUUCCUUACUACGAAAAGGAGGUUACAAAGCUCCCAUCACAAAUGACUUCAGGAAGACCAUUAAAUUAACCAGGUACCGUAGCGAGAAGAUGACAAUGGGUUAUGCAGAGUACAUCGCCCACCGCCAGCACCAUCACUACCAGAAUGGCAUUGGGCACCCUCUACCACCCUACAACCAUUAUUCCUGACAGCGAGCCGCAUGACCAGUCAUUGGACCUCUCCGCGGACCUUUUCCCAGGAGAGCCCGCCCCCUCCUGGUCUAGCUAUUUCUACUACUGUACCAUUUUAUGAUGAUAGUUUCCGUUGCCAUGCUGGCCGUCUUUCAGACGUUGACAUGGCAACGGGUGGCAACGAAGCAUCAUUUGAUUAUGGCAAGAAAUCCACAUUUCUUUUUCUUUGCCUGUGGUUCCGUUUUUGCAGCAUAUGCAUACCUAUAUCUAUAACCCCCUCAAGUCAUAUUUUUGAAAAUUAAAUAAUUGAUUUUAUCUUGCAUCUUAUCAGCAAACCUAAUCAGGUGUUUGAUUCUGUGGAUGGAAGGAAGUCUCUUACAGUGGAUUAGUCUUGCUCUUAUAUUGUUGAGGCUUUGCUACAAUUUUACAUUUACUAAGAAAAUCCUUAUUUUUCUUCUUUAUUUUAAUAUCCAGACAUAUAUACCAUGUAGCAAGGCAACUGCAGUUUUCAAAGGCUGUGUCAUCUCUCUUCUGAUUCCUCUCAAAAAAAUUUGAUUGUUGAGGUUGUAUGAGCUUUGUAAAGUUUGUAGUGUUGUAGUUGGAACUAUUUAUUGGGAUCUGUAUACUCCAAAGUAUAGAUGGUAGGGUUGUGACGCUCUUUGACCAGCCUUUGCUGGCAGUGUUUAUUAUUUGAGCUCACAAUCGUAUGUAUUUCUGUGUGUGGAUAUAGACGGUGAUCUGCCAGCAUAAAUUAGUAUUUGGAUUUUGCCUAAAGAAACCUAAAGAUUUUGGAAACCUCGUCCCUGUUUAUUUGUCGUUUUGUGGUGGAACCUGUAAACCUUGGACUGCCUUUGUUUGGCUGGAGCUUACAGCUAUGUCCCUUCUUUUUUUGUUUUUUCAAAUUUUAAGUCGCAGAGAAAGCCACUUUGUCUAAGGGUAAUCAUGCCCUCACAGGUGGCUAGUUAAUUUAAGAUGUAAAAUGGGGCUACAAGUGGGUCUGCUUUCACCACAUUGGGAAUAGGAAGCAGGCAUAACUACAAGUACCUAGAAAAAAGUGUGCAUAAGAACACUGCUUUCAUUUAAAUUUCUCUUGUGUGUUGGUUUUGGAGAUGACUGCCAGGGAGUCACUUGACAGGGACAGGAUAUAACUACUUAAAGCCAUAUUCUCUUUUUAUUCUACACUUGGACAGAGUAGUCUGUGGUUUGGCUUGUAGUGCUUGCAUUCAGUGCCACUUAAGUGGUAACCACAACUGUAGUGGGUCUUUAGCCUCUGAAUGCAAACUUACUGGCCAUCCUCAAAUAAGGCCGCGGUCACUGAACAAUAUACAAACCUCGCAGUUUCAGUCAUUUGUUGUUUGUCUUGCCCUCGUCGUCGUGGAAACAGUCUUGCCUUUUCAGAUUAUAACUAACCAUUGUCACUCGUCCACAAAGUGUUCUAUAUAAUUGAAGUUGUAAUUCUUAAUGAAGAUACACUGCUUGAGCCACAAAAGAUUUAACAUGUUUGUGUCAUCGAGAAACACGUGUCAUUGUCUCUCAGCUCUGAAGCAGGCACAGCAAUGCAGCUAGUUGAUUUAGUCGUUGAAACCGCACUACCACCUGCUUUGAUACUCUGUCAUUAUGUGAGAUCUUGUUGACUUCUGUGUCCAUGGAGCAGGAAAGAUUUUGGUGUGUGUGGUCUGUUUUGUCAGCUGUUUGGCACUAGGUUUAGAGCAAAAACUGUUAAUUUAAUUAGUGCAGAAUCUUUGCAUGGGGCCAGCGACUCACAGGGGAGGUCUACAAAUAAAAAGCCAGGGGUUUGUACAGACUUGAAAAGCCAUUUCUCAUCCAGAUAUCACUUGUGAGUUACAUCCACACAGGAGUCUAGUUGAAUUUACUUUACAGUGUUUGAACUGUUGAGGGCCAUCGUGUGAUCUGUAUGUUUUGGGUUUGGUUUAAGUUUUGCUAACUGGAAUUUUUGAGAGGUUCUUGUUACUUGACCAACACCUUUCUUCGUAACAGCCUUUACUUAACUGAUAGGUUAUUUUAAUUUAUUCAAAAUGUCAAGGGCUUUUGGCACUCCAUCCACAGUAACCCGAAAAGACCCAGAUUUCAGUUGUGUUGCCUUAAAUGAAUGAUUUAAUAAAAGAUGGACCAGUAGAUGAUGAUCAGUGUUUCUCUGCUCUUUCCCAGCUCCUUCACAUCACAGUAUAGGGACAGGCUCAAAUGAAGAUUUCUUCACUUGAAUACUCUUACUGUGUGUUAGGGAUAUGGGGGAUUCUGUAUGCCCGUAGUUUACUCUUUGCUCAUGUCUUACCCAGCUGCCAGUCCUCCAUUCUGUCAUUUUUGUACUGUAUGCACCCUCUUAAAAUGUUGGGCAUUACAGUGUUAGCCUAAAUGUUUAAGCCAUGAGAAGAUGGUUUUAUGCAUCUAGAGAUAGGUAUACUUUUCUGACAAACACACUAAACACUACAUAAAGACAUUUCUCAGAGGGACAGUGGUGAAUUCAUUUCCUGGUCCAUUUAAUACAGCACAACCUAAAUUUUUCUGCUGCAAAACCAAACUGACCAUGCUCUUUUACACAUCUUUGUAUUAACAUGCAAUGUGUUUUGUUGCAUGUAUGUCUGAGUAUGAGACCUAUGGUUUUAUCCAUGAUAUGCUUGAUCUAUGGCUUAGACACUCUUAUUAACCAUUAAGAGAUUUAAAAGACAAAUAUGGUGCUAUCGGACCUCAUAUUGGGGUGGUCACAGCUCAUGACUGGUCAUGCGGACUCAUUGAUCAUAUCGUACUUUAAGAUGUUACGUGUAAGGUUUUCUCUUAAGUACGUUGCUGUGAAAGUAGUCAUGACAGCACAUUUUAAUACUGAAGGAUGGCUAGCACUGAUACAAACAGUAGCCCCAUGAAUCUCUGCUUUCAUUAAGCCCAGAGUUGGUGAUUUUGGGAUCAAUUCCCUAUGGGAAAAACACAUAGAUAUUCUUACGCAUAUAAUGAGGAAGGAAAGGUUCCAGCAG